CUCUCUUCCGAGUUAUUACGAAGUUAGUGUGAAAUGGCGAUGAAGGUAUAUGGAGAUGGGAUGUCAGCGUGCGUGGCACGUGUGCUUCUCUGCCUUCACGAGAAGGAGACUGAGUUCGAGCUUGUCCCCGUCGAUCUCUUUGCUUGCCACCACAAGCUCCCUUCUUUCCUCUCCAUGAACCCCUUUGGCCAAGUUCCUGUUCUACAAGACGACGACCUUACCCUUUUUGAGUCAAGAGCAAUCACGGCAUAUAUAGCAGAGAAACACAAAGACAAAGGAACGGAUCUGACGAGACAUGCAGACGCUAAAGAAGCAGCUAUUGUGAAGCUUUGGUCGGAAGUGGAGUCUCACCACUUCAACCCCGCGAUUUCCGCCGUCAUCCACCAGCUCAUCGUUGUGCCUCUUCAAGGCCAGACUCCUGAUGCAGCCAUCGUGGAAGAGAAUCUGGAGAAGCUAGGGAAAGUGCUCGAUGUGUAUGAAGAGAGACUCGGCAAGACAAAAUACUUGACCGGAGAUUCUUACACACUCGCAGAUCUCCACCACGUUCCUUACACUUACUACUUCAUGAAGACGAGUCACGCCGGUUUGAUCAACGACCGUCCUAAUGUCAAGGCGUGGUGGGAGGACCUUUGUUCUCGUCCGGCUUUCCUUAAAGUCUCUCCAGGCUUGACCGUUGCUCCGGUAACGAACUGAUCCAAAGAUUCUCUCUACAUCUUUUGUCUUUAUGUUUAUCUGAUAAGGUGUUUCAUUUGGGUUGUUGUUUUUCUUUUGCAUUCACUAUUGUCUUGAAGGUUUUAUCAAUGUAAUCAAAGUUAUUUGUAAAUGUAAACGCAACACAGAAAAUAAAUUAUGCAGGUUGCGUUUACAUUUUACAAAUAAAUUUGGUGAUUUAAAAACUAAUAAAUACCUUGAUUUCUG